AUGGGCCAAGGUUACUCCCUCACUACCCUGUCCGCGGGGUCAGCAGGGAUCGAUGUGCCCGAACUUUCAGAUCUGGUGUAUGAGAAGUCCAUGGGUGGAGGCCGGUUUAUGAAGAGCAUCCGCGCGCGACAACAGAAUGGCUUGGUCUUCGUGAAGGUCAUUAUGAAACCAUACCCGUCGAUGCAACUGGAGCAAUACGUGAAAUCCAUAAUCAGGGAACGCAAGCUCCUGUCGGACGUGCCCAAUGCAUUGAGCUACGAGAGGAUUCUAGAGACCGGUACUAGUGGUUAUCUAGUUCGCCAGUAUAUCCACAGCUCUUUGUACGAUCGGAUGAGCACUCGACCAUUUUUAGAGGAGAUUGAAAAGAAAUGGAUCGCAUUCCAACUUUUGUGUGCACUGCGUGACUGCCAUUCACUGGACAUCUUCCAUGGUGAUAUAAAGACCGAAAACGUUCUUGUCACGUCAUGGAACUGGCUAUAUCUCUCCGACUUUUCUUCAUCAUUUAAGCCUACUUUUCUACCAGAAGAUAACCCAGCCGAUUUCUCCUUCUAUUUCGAUAUCUCAGGACGACGUACAUGCUACCUAGCGCCAGAGCGAUUUCUUGAAGCUGGAGAAGAGCCUGGAAACCGUCAUGUCAACUGGGCGAUGGAUAUUUUCAGUGCCGGCUGCGUGAUUGCAGAACUCUUUCUCGAGUCGCCGAUUUUCACACUCAGUCAGAUGUACAAAUAUCGCAAGGGCGAAUACAGUCCGGAGCACAGCCAGUUGGCGAAGAUUGAAGACCCGGAGAUCCGGGAGCUGAUCUUGCACAUGAUUCAGUUGGACCCAGAAUCUAGAUAUUCUGCUGAGGAGUAUCUGAAUUUCUGGAAGAACAAAGCUUUCCCCGAAUACUUUUACAGCUUUCUUCAUCAAUAUAUGUCCCUCAUGACGGAUCCAUCAUCAGGGAGAACGAAGGUGGACGCUGAAUCCACCAACCGAGGUGAAACGGACGAUAGAAUUGAGCGAGUCUGCUUCGACUUUGACAAAAUAACCUAUUUCCUUGGCUCGACAUCCCGAGGCUCUCGAGAAGCAUCUCAGGCCAGUGACUCCCGACUCACUGGAGACAUUCUUCCGGUAAAACUCGACCUACCUAAUGGUGGAAACCAGAUGCCGGGGCUGUCAUCACAGUCAGACGACGGCGUUUUGAUCUUUUUAACACUGGUUGUAUCAAAUCUUCGGACCACAGCGAAGGCUUCGGCUCGAAUGAAAGCCUGCGAUAUUCUCCUAGCCUUUGCGGAACGGUUAUCGGACGAGGCAAAGCUCGAUCGCGUUCUCCCUUACAUUAUGAUUCUAUUAGCGGACCGGAUAGAUGCCGUCAAGGUCGCCGCAAUUCGCACACUAGCCCAAUUACUGGACAUGGUUCAUGUGGUUUCUCCGCUAAACGCCUAUCUUUUCCCCGAAUACAUCUUCCCGAGGCUUCAAUCAUUCGUCAUCUCGUCCAAACACAAUCCGAGCCCAUUGGUCCGUGCGGCAUAUGCCUCAUGCAUUGCAUCCCUAGCACAGUCAUCUCUCCGGUUCUUAGACAUGAUCCAAGCAUUGCGUUCCGAUUCGCGUUUGACGGCGCUGAUUCCUGCCGGCUUAGAAUCACAAUGGACUGAGGAUGCCACAUAUCGUACUCUUUAUGAUAUUGCUAAGGGUGAUCUACUAGCGUAUUUUGAGGUUCACACCAAAGCUCUUCUCACAGAUACGGAUGCUUCCGUUCGUCGAGCCUUCCUAGGAUCCGUGUCCAGUCUCUGUGUGUUUUUUGGCAACAUCAAAACAAACGAGGUCAUCUUGAGCCAUCUGAACACGUACCUAAAUGAUCGGGACUGGAUCUUGAAAUGUGCUUUCUUCGAAGCUGUGGUUGGUGUCGCUGCAUACGUCGGAAGCAUCAGCCUGGAGCAGUACAUUCUUCCUCUAAUGCUCCAAUCUAUGACUGAGCCCGAAGAGUUCGUCGUGGAAAAGGUGAUUCGCUCCCUUGCAGCCAUGGCUGACCUUGGACUUUUCCAACGGUCUACGACUUGGAAUCUACUCUUUAUCACUGUCAACUUCUUAGUGCACCCAAACAUCUGGAUCAGGGAGGCUACUGUGAAUUUUGUGGUCAAGACCACCAAGUUUAUGUCAAAAGCGGACAUCUUUUCGAUUCUGACGCCUCUCAUCCGACCUUUCCUGAAAGUCAAGAUCAUUAACUUUUCCGAGGCGGAUCUUCUAGAUGCCCUUAAACGACCAAUGCCCAGAAACAUCUAUGACAUGGCUUUUCUUUGGGCAAUAAAAGCCGACAGAGGGCUCUUCUGGGACCCGUCGAGCUCCCAGGGAGCAUUCAGUCUUCCGGAGCCGGGCAGUCAUAGUUCUGGUAUGGGACUAACUCCCGUUUCCCUACUAGGCGCUCAGAAGAACGACGAAGAUGAGCAAUGGCUCUCCAAACUGCGGAACCUCGGCAUGAGCCCAGAAGAUGAGCUCAAGCUUUUUGCACUCCGAGACUACAUUUCUGGAGUCUCGCUUCGCCAAUCAAGAGAUCUCGAUACCGGUCCAUCUAUGCCGUUGAACGAUAUUAUCAGUCUAUCGCAGCAUGGGGUCACGCCUCAAACAGUUUUCUUCGACAAGAAUCUGAAUGAAAGGCCACGAGACUCUCCUGUACAUCGAACUGAAGGUCAUGUUGUUGAUGAUAAUAAGCCGAAAACGAUCGCGGAUGCGCUACUCGAUGCCUCCACAACAAUCGAGCGAGGCCCGGGCGCUCAUCGCAAACAUGCUAGAGCUAGAAGCCAACUUCAUAAAGAAUUGGAGAUCCCACGUCCAGGUCGCCUUGAUCACAUUGGGGUCGAUUCUUCGUCUGCAUCUCCUGCUGCAUCGUCCCCUGCUGGUCCUGGAUCUCGCCCAAUGUCUCCCCGGGGCUCUGAUGUUGAUCAGGAUCGUGUUCCUGCCAGUCACCUGUUGAGCUCCGGUCAAGAUAGCUUGUCAACAACCCCCACCAAUACCGAUAAUCUUUCUCUCAGAGGCGACAAAGUCCAUCGAAAGUCAAGCGCAAUCAACCUCCUCGGUCGCAACGAGCCUACCAAGACAUACGCGGAAACCGGCACAAGCUCGGCGAAUGCGUUUGGAAAGGUGGAUGCACCCAUGCAUCGUGGAGGGACUCCUCAACCAUCGCCUCUCUCUCAGGCUUACGAACGCAAGUUGGUCCAGGCGCCCGCGCGGCGAUAUCAUGCCAAUCAUUCAUACGCAGGUGAUGAUCCCGCGGUUUUACAGCUACUGGAUAACGUUUUUGCGGAGAACUACCCGACCGACCUAUUUGACUUGGGCCCGUAUGUCAAGGAGCUGGAUCCUCGACUGCCAAUCCGCCAACCUAAUAGCCAAGAUCCCACGAAGAUGUGGAGGCCGGAAGGACAUCUGGUAGCCACCUUUGGUGAGCAUAGCGGCCCGGUGAACCGUAUUGCUGUGGCCCCGGACCAUUCUUUCUUUGUUACAGCAUCCGAUGAUAGCACCGUCAAGAUCUGGGAUACGACUCGGCUUGAGCGAAAUUUGACCCCUCGCUCCCGCCAGACCCAUCGUCAUGCUUCUGGGGCACGGGUGAAGGCAUUGACGUUUGUCGAGAAUACGUACACUUUCAUCAGCGGUGCUACCGAUGGGAGCAUUCAUGCAGUCCGAGUUGACUACCAAAAGGUCAACGAAACUGCCCGGUAUGGAAAACUCCAAAUCGUGCGGGAAUACCAGCUCCCGACUGCCGAGAACGGAUUGCCCGAAUAUGCUGUCUGGGUGGAACACUUCCGGGAUGAGGGCCAGUCAACGCUACUGGUUGCCACCAAUACCUGCCGAAUCAUCGCGCUGGACAUGAAAACCAUGAUGCCCAUCUACACCCUUGAAAACCCAGUCCACCACGGAAUUCCAACCACCUUUUGUUGUGACCGUCGGCACACAUGGCUGCUGGUAGGAACGACUCAUGGUAUCAUGGAUCUUUGGGAUCUCCGUUUCCGUGUACGAUUGAGGGCAUGGGGCCUUCCAGGCUGGGGGUAUGUCCACCGAAUCCAGCUGCACCCGCUUAAGCCAAGAGGACGCUGGGUCUGCGUGUCCAGUGGCGGCUCCCGCGGUAAUCAAAUCACCGCGUGGGAUAUUGAGAAAUUCCGCUGUCGCGAGGUCUAUCAGAUGGCACCACAGAGUCUCAACGACGUCACUUCUGGUGCCGCACAGCGGGGCUCCUCUCGACCUGUCGCUCCUCGUGGACAACGUCUCAAUGUCAAAGAUUUCGAGGCAUGGUCCGUUGAUGAUGAUCGACCGGAGGGUAUGCUUCGACGAUUUGCCAACGCUCCCGCUGCGGCUGGAAUGGGCGCUAUCCCCGAAAGCAACGGCUCCGCGGCUCCUAACCACUCAUCCGGUGAUCAGCUCGGGACAUGGGCAUUUGCCGCUGGUCUCAACCCUCCGGACGACGUUAAAGCGAACAGCAGCAAAUGCGGGUUCAUUAUCUCGGCGGGAUGCGACCGGAAAAUUCGAUUCUGGGACCUUGCACGCCCAGAGGCCAGCAUGAUCGUCAGUGGUGGAGACUCAAUAGGCAAGCCGACCUACGAAAUGGCAUCGAUUGCAGCCAACAUCCAAGUCACCCUGGAACACCAGCCUUCGACUCCAGCCACCACUAGCAAUGCUGGUAACGCCAAGAAGGGUACCAGUCCACGCCCCCCCUCGCAGUACUGUCAUUAG